AUGGUGGCGCCAAGGAAUACCGCCUACGCCGAGGAGAGCGCGGAGGUUGAGGUCCUGUAUGCCAACCUGGAGAAGCUCAACCGACUCACGAAGAAGAUCCAAGGCUCUAUGGUACGCCUGGAGACAGGAGGAAAAGUUGUCAAAGAAGCCAUUGGUCCCAUCUAUAGCAACACACAGUCCCUUCAAAUCACCAACAGCAAUAUCGACAAGGUCAACGACGCCAUCGAUCGCCUGCGCCAGCCUCUCGAUGCAAAGAACCGAGAAGAUGGCAUCAUUCGCGCAGGACCACAGAGCUCCGGCCUCACGCAGUAUCUGUCUGCAGUGAAACGUGUUGAAAAGGCGCUGGUCGACCUCAACACAACAAACCUGCGAUCGAACCAGAAUGCGAUCACCGACUUCAACUCCCUUUUAAACACAGGAAGCGCAAAACUUCAAGAACUACUGCGGGGAGAAUUAAGCCAGCAUGCCACUCCGAUCGAGCCCCUACACUACCUGACCAAAGAUCUCUCUUUUCCAUCAAUACCCGAAGAAACUAUCUCCCAUAUGGCGCCCGUGUGCUCGGUGGUCGGCUCCGCAUCCAUCCAUGGAUCUCAGCGCGGCAAGGGGGAUAACCCCGCGCUGAAGGUGUAUGCGGACGUGCGAGGACCGUACAUCACAUCCAGCUUGCAGAACCUCGCCAUUGCGUCGCUCAAUACUGUCAAACGGCGACCUACCGAUGGCCCUUACAAACAGGGUACUAAUGGUAUUGGAAUCUACUCCAAUGCGCUGGAGGCCUUUAUAACCACCGAGCACAGUAUCAUCGUGCAAAUGUUCACUGGAGAUCAGCAGGGCCUGGCAUUGCAGGCUACCUUCUUCCCAGCUAUGGGUGAAUAUUCCAAAACACUGCGUGAGCUCAACCAGUAUAUAAAGGCCAAUCUCAUGACGGACUGCUUCUUGGCUUUUGAGAUCAUCGAAAUUGUGACUGCGAUGUCAUAUCGGAUUGACUCCAAGGCAGCGGAACUGAAGAGCCUCUUGAUCGAGGCUCUUCGGCCUGUACGGGAGACUGCAAAGUCGUCCCUUUCUGAAUUGCUCGAGGAAACGAAGCGCAAAGCUACUACUGCACCACUCCCACCGGAUGGUGGAUCGAUACCUCUUGUGGAGGAAGUUAUGAGCUCAUUGGCCACACUGACAGGAUACUCGGGUCCUUUGGCUUCUAUCCUAACUUCUUUGGGAGACGGAAACUGGCGUGCUAAGUCUAACACCGCUGGCUCGGCUCCUCUAGAUGUAGGCCCAGACAGCAGCACCCUUCUAUCGCAUUUCAUUCUAGAUAUGAUCGAGGCCUUGAUGACCUCCCUGGAAGCUCGAGGUCGGGCUUUCCACCGGUCAAAGGCAGCGCUUGGUGUAUUCUUGUCCAACGUGUUCUGCGUAGUAGACCGGUCGAUCCGACAGAGCUCAGAGCUAGCACGUUAUUUGGGCAAUCCCGACAGUAUUGCCCGGAUCGACACAUUCCGCAAGCGCGCGACAUCUACCUAUCUCGAUGCAUGGAAAGAAACUUCCCAGUACCUUCUUGAUGUGCAAUAUACCUCACGUGGAGCACAGCGCAACUCCAGUGGCAACGUGGAUUCAGGUGCCAUCGUCAAGUCCCUAUCGUCCAAGGAUAAGGAUGCAAUCAAGGACAAGUUCAAAUCAUUCAACGCGAGCUUCGAUGAAAUGGUGUCUCGGCAUAAAACCCUUCACAUGGAGCGUGAGGUGCGCAUUGCGCUGACUCGUGAGCUGCAAACUGUUCUCGAGCCUUUGUAUGCACGGUUUUAUGAUCGAUAUGUGGAGAUCGACAAAGGCCGCGGCAAAUACAUCAAGUACGACAAGGCAAGCCUAUCGGUACAGCUGGCACAGUUGUCUUAA